AUGCCGAUCACCACCCAUGGUGCAGACCUAGAAGUCGUGCGCAAGGUUCAAGAUGUCAUCGAACAGUACGAGGCGGCAGCAGCACGAUUGAAAUCCAUGAGCCAGAAGCCUCAGGUUGAUGGCAUCACUGGAUAUCACGAGUUUCCGCAGCUGGCAGAGGAGUACGAGAGAAGAGCUCAGCAGUACCGAGAGGUGGCGAAGCUAUUUCAGAAGCCGCUGGAUAUGCCGCUGUCCCCUAACCAGCAGGAUGCGCUGCUACGACUGUCCCUGGGGACCACAUACGAGCC